CAAUUGUGCUGAUAGAUUGAGUGGCGGGGUAUUCUGCAAUUGUUGCCAAGCAUUGUGCCAUAUAGGGGCUUAGCCUAACACGAUGAUUCCACUGUCCUAAAAAUUAGACUCGCAUGUAAUGUGUAGAAAGACGCAACGGCACUGCGCAAUAACCAAAAGCUAUAAGCUCCGUGCUCCAAAAAGGGGGCCCGUGGACAGUAUACAACGCGUGUAUGUACAAGGCACGGAUCCGGGGGGAGUGGGGCCCCAUACAUAUUCCACCGUGGGGUACGGUUCUAGCUCAGACGAAACAAGACGUGAGAAAAAUCGAUGUUUUUUUGUUCACUACACAAUAUGACAUCGUCGUUCAUAUCUCGCAGUACUAAAUGCACUCCAUUCUUAUCCUAAUAGUUCAGACAGCUUGGCGGUCAGCCAGCGCACGCGGAUGAUAAAUGACAAUGUCGUCUGUUUCGUUUACGUGGUUGUUGCCCAUCCUGGUAGCUUGCGGUGUGUACUACUGGCAGUUCGUAGGAAGUCGAUGCUACUGCAUCAGCGAUGCUGACCUCACCAACAAAACUGUCAUAGUAACAGGAGCAAACUCUGGCAUUGGCUGGUGGACAGCUCUCGACUUUGCCCAGCGAGGUGCCCGGGUCAUCCUCGCCUGUCGCAAUCUCCAGAAGGGUGAAGACGCCGCCAAAGAGAUCAAGACGCGCACGGGCAACUCGGAGGUCGUGGUGCGCCACCUGGAUCUAGCCAGCCUGCAGUCCGUCAGGGAGUUCGCUAACAAGAUCAUCGAAAGCGAGGAGAGACUGGAUAUUUUGGUUAACAAUGCAGGAGUUGCUCUCAUUCAGACACCUCAAGGUUCCACAACCGAGGAUAACUUCCACUACGUCUUCGGCAUCAACCACUUCGGCCACUUCCUGCUGACCAAUCUCCUCCUGGACCUGCUGAAGAAGAGCGCCCCCAGCCGAGUGGUCACCGUCUCCUCUGCGAUGCACCAUUUUUCCGCUGAGCCCAACUUGACUCGCUCGGUCCCCGGUGUGGAUGUCUUGUAUCCCUACCUUCAGUCCUAUUUCACCAGCAAGCUGGCCAACGUACUCUUCGCUAGGGAGCUGGCGAGACGUGAGGCUUCCAGCGGCGUGGUUUCUGCCUCGAUCCACCCUGGCGCCAUAAACUCGUGUAUGGUCAAAAACCACAUGACUGCUGAAUCCCAACCCGGGAUUGUUGCUACCUUGUAUUACCCGCUAUUUCCGCUGAUGUGGUUGUUUCUGAUAGACGAGGAAGCAGGCGCCCAGACGACCCUUCACUGCGCCCUGGAUAACUCGAUACCUCAGCUCUCUGGCAGCUACUUUGACAACUGCCAGCUGAUGGCGCCCUCAGCGCUCGCUCAAGAUGACGAGCUGGCCCGGAGAUUGUGGCAAGUCAGCUGCGAAGCCACCGGCUUGGGCUGUUAGUAAAUCCUGAAGCCUCCACGCUACUUCAGCUCUAGUGUUUUUUACACCUGGCAGCGCAGGUCACUGAACAUUGGCUCCAGUUUUUGCUGGUCCCGGAAGCCCAGGCUAUACAGGGUGGU